UGCAUUCGCCUCUAGUACAAUAUUUUUAAUUAAUGAAUUCAUAAAGUCCUGUCAUUUGUUGUGUGUUGGCGUCAUGUAGAAUAUUAACGUGCAACGUUUUUCUAUACUUCGUAAAAAUACUUCUUCGCAUAUAAGCAACAUCACGCAAUUUAAAUUUUAGCAAUUUUUGACUAGUUUUUAAUUAUUUCAUAAUUAAAAUGUCUAUAAAAAUUAUUGCAUAAUAUUAUAAUUCCCAUCACUCAAUUUCACAUAGUACUAACUCCUACUCACCUAAUCAAACGUUAGUCUGGCCGUUGUUCUCAACCUUUCGCCACGUAUUCCAUAAUUGACUGCGAAUUUCAUUGUUAUCGUGAACGCAUUUUUCAAUCAUUGAUAUUUUAUUUUGGCUACAAAGGGAGUCAAUAAUAAAAACUAUAUUUAUUUAUUAAUUUGUUAUUGUCCGUGAUACACCGACUCACUAUACUACUCACCUACUUACUGGUUCAAUUAUUGUUUAGCAUAGAUACUUCACGCUUGUUCGGUAGUAUUUUUAUUUAAUAAAAAUGAAAAUUACAAUUAACGAGGAUUUGAAAAGAGAACGCCAAAAUUGUACAUUCAACGUCGAAGAACUCACGAACUUCUUAGAUGGCGGUAUUCAAAGUACAGUAGCUAGAAAGAAAAUGGAAUCGUUUUUUUUAUCCGAUCCCCGUUUUAAAGACGAAGUUCCAAUGGAAUAUUUAAGUCACAAAGAACGUUAUGAACACGCUGUAAGGAAGAGCUGUGUUUUAUUAAAAAAAAUUGCGGAAUGGCAACAACGAGAUGACGGCAGUGGCGGGUCCACGGAUCCUUACCUAGAACUCCUGAGUGGUUUAAUCGCUAACGCUAUCAUUAAGGAUGGUUCACCUUUUACAUUACAUUUUAUUAUGUUCGUUCCCACAAUUAUGGGACAAGGCACUAUGGAACAACAAGACAUGUGGCUCGGUGGCAAUCAGAUAGUUGGAACAUAUGCUCAGACCGAAAUGGGCCACGGAACUUUCAUUCGAGGUUUAGAAACCACCUGUAUUUACGAUCCAUUAACUGAAGAAUUUGUGUUAAAUAGUCCCACAUUAACGUCGUAUAAAUGGUGGCCUGGUGGACUCGGACAUACCUGUAACUUUGCAGUAGUUGUAGCUCAGUUAUAUACUCAAGGAAAAUGUCAUGGUAUACACCCUUUUGUUGUUCAGCUCAGAGACAAAGAAACAUGGAUGCCACUGCCUGGAAUAAAAAUUGGCGAAAUCGGAAGCAAACUUGGAAUGAGCUCAAUCAAUAAUGGAUACUUGGCAUUUGAUAAUGUCAGAAUACCAAGAAUGAAUAUGCUUAUGAAAAAUGCUAAAGUCCUAAAGGAUGGUACUUAUCAAAAGUCUUUAAGUGACAAGCUGACUUAUGGCACAAUGAUAUUUGUACGUGUAGCUAUUGUAAAAAGCUUUGUAGUAAACUAUUUAGCACAAGCUGCUACUAUAGCCACUAGAUACAGUGCUGUAAGACGACAGUCAGAGCGUAAGGAAGGUGAAGGUGAAUGUCAAAUAUUAGAUUAUCAGACACAACAGUAUAAAUUAUUUCCAGUCAUAGCUACUAGCAUAGCAUUUCGAUUUGCGGCCACGUGGCUACGGAAUGUUUAUGACGAGGUCACUUCUCGGCUAGAACAAGGUGACACGAAACGAUUACCCGAGUUGCACGCAAUGGCUUGCUGUUUAAAAGCUGUUGGUUCAGCCGAAGCAGCUGUUGGUGUCACUUCUUGUCGUUUAGCGUGCGGUGGUCAUGGCUAUAUGAACAGUAGUAACUUUCCAAAUAUUUAUGCUUUGGCUACUGCCUCAGAAACCUACGAAGGAGAGAAUACGGUUUUACUGUUACAAACUGCAAGAUAUUUGAUGAAAGCUUUUCGAGAUGCCAAGUCUGGCGUGGAAAUAACCGAAACGGUGAAGUAUUUAAAUAAUUUUAAAAACCUCAAACGUUUAAAUUGGACAACCGAUUUGAAAUGUAUGGCAGACGCUUUCACGCAAGUAGCUGGAAGUUUAAUAGAAAAAUGUUAUUUAUCAAUCAAUUCAUUAGUAAAGUCGGGAGUUCCUCGUGAAGAUGCUUGGAAUCAGACAUCUAUUCAACUUACAAGAGCUUCUGACGCACACUGUCGAGCUUUUGUGAUUAAUGUAUUUAUAGCUACUCUUCACAAAGUUCAACUCUCUCCAGAAUUGAAGUUGGUAAUAACACAACUGGCAGAACUGAUUUGUGUGCAUUGGAUUUUAUUGAAAUUGGGCGAUUUUUUGCAGUUUUCAAAUUUAAAACCAAGUGACGUACGUUCAGUACAAACGUUAUUAGAAGACAGUUUAAAACGUCUCAGGCCGAAUGCAGUUGGCUUGGUAGAUAGUUUCGAUAUGAGAGAUGAAAUUUUGAGUUCGCCGUUGGGAGCUUAUGAUGGCAAUGUUUACGAACGACUUAUUGAAGAAGCCAAUAAAAGUCCGUUGAAUAAAGAACCUGUCAAUGAAUCAUUUCAUAAAUAUUUAAAACCGUUAUUACAAUCAAAUUUGUAAAUCAUAAUAGGUUUAAGGACUUGAAUAGUAGUUAAUUGUGUUAAAUAUUAUUGUUAUAUGUUGGAUAUUUGAAAGUGGUUUGGUACUAAUAUAUUAUACUUCAUGGAGUUUGUUUUUUUUAAUACUUAAUUAAUUUAUAAAUUAUAAUUAUAUCUUUAUUAUUUUUACCAAAUGGCUUAAUAUAUAAAGCGAUUAUAUUUUUGUAUUAUU